AUGACUGAAAUGACCUCACCUUUCCCCUUGCAGUCCGGGUGCUGCAAGCCCCCUACAGAAUGUGGCUACAGCUACGUAAAUGAGACAAUAUGGACGCCUGGAGGAUUGGCGGGGACUAGUGCCGACUGCACCAGAUGGAGCAAUGAUCGAGCUCAACUUUGCUUUGGUUGUGACUCUUGCAAAGCUGGUGUCCUCGGCAGCAUCAAGAAGAGCUGGAGGAAAGUCUCUGUCAUUAACAUUGGGGUGCUUAUUCUCCUAGUCAUUUUUUAUGUCAUUGGCUGUGCAACUUUCCGGAACAAUUGCCGUAUAGACAAUGAAGAAUCCACCGGCGAAACUCGUAUGACAAAAACACAACCUAGUAGGAUUCAUUUUUAA